UGUGAAGGAGGGAGAAAAAAAUAUACAGUCCUCGAUCUGUUCCCUCAGUCAAUGGUUUUUAAUGGUUGUGUCACUGCAGUGUGAGCUGGACUGGGAAGCAUCAGGAGCACGGGAAAAUGAGGAACCCAAAGGAGGAAUGUUCAGGCAACUUCUCUUCCCAGGUAGACACGACUCGAGCUGUCAGACUGCUCAUGCAGCCCCAGAACUCUCCCAGCCCACCCUGGCUGAGUUCACCAUGACUGGUCCUUUAGGAAAAAGCAAACUGUUGACACAAGGAGCAGGAGACAGAGCAGAACCAGAUAGGGAAAGGAGAUGACAGAGCUCAGGAAUGGAUUUGCAAAUUUGGCAGGGUUUCAGACCUGUCAGCCCAAGUCUCUGGGAAGAAGUUGAGGAUUAAUAGGGAUAUCUGGCUUGCUCUGGAUUGGAGGACACCAAGAAGCAUCUACCUGCCCUAUGGAUUCAGCCUGGUUUGAGCUAGGGUCAACCUGAACCAUGGUGACUUUUCACCAUUUCACAACUAAGAGCCCAACCAGUGAUAUUACAAAAAUCUCUGUAGUAUCAUGCCCCAGGGAUGCCAAUAUUCCCAUAGCAUCAUGCCCUGCCUAAGGUGCAGUGACUUUCCAGUGAGAACCAAGAGCUGGGCAGGUGUAAUGAAUGUACUGAUAAACAGAUUCAGAUCAAUAAGCCUGGAAGUUCCUACUAGCAAAUGAAUGGCUUUCGGUCUAUGUGUUACAGAGUCGUUAAUUACCCAACCACCCUGCUCACUGUCAUUAGCAAGCAAUUGCUUUGUGUAUCUGCUCACCCUCCUUUAUUCAUCAUCCAUCUCCCACUCCCUCAUCCCUGCAUCCACACAGAACCUUCCUCCCCCCAUCCAGUUGUGCUCACAAGCAGGCUCUGAUGUCUCUUGAGGCAGGCUGGAUCUGAAGUGGGGGAGAGGAAGGAUUUCAUUUCCCAUGUCUAAGCUGCUCCUGUAACCCUGCAAGGAGUCAUCCUUUGAAGCACUGGCCCAGCCCGCAGCAGCUGGCUCAUGGCCACAAUUACUUCCACUCCGAGCACACACAAAAAGCCAAGCAAGAGGCCAAGGAGGGGGUCCUGAGAUUUGAACUCCAACGAGUCAAAGGCAGCCAGUGUUCAUUAGUCCCUGUGCCUUCCCCUGUCACAGCUGCCCCAUUAGGCAGGGACAAGGAGUCUGUCUGUGGGUCAGCCAGGGCCACCCAGGAGGCAGCAGAAAGCCCAGAAGGUAGAGGAGAACUUGAGAAUGCAGCCCCAAAUCGCCACUUACGGAGCCUGUCUUCUGUGAGCAUGGUCAGAGCCACCCCAUUGCAGAGUUACUUCCAUUUUUUUGCUUUUCCUAAAAUCGGGGGGAGUGGGAGGGGGGAAGAGAACCUACCAAAGGAGUUACAGUUGUUGUUGGAGAGAAACUAGCAAACACAUGUUUUCAUUCAGCAGCAGGGUAAUGAGGGAGGCAGUGAUGUUCCCCAGGGAGCUGAAGAGGAGCUCCAGAGCAGAAGGGCCAUUAGAAGCAAGAAAUAGCAAUUGCUCAAGGUUUUGGCAUUGGCAGAAGGUGGCAAAGUAAGAUGUGGUAAGUGGGCUAGAGAUGAGUAUUUGGUGCUUUGAUAGUACCAGAUUAAUUGUUUCCUAAAUAAAAAAGCAGUAGCAACAAAGAGUCUUUGUCCCUGCUCAAGGGCUAUGACAAGGUCAUCCCACCAGCCAUACUUUCCAUUCAGGGUUGAUUUAGGCUCUACCAAAGCCAGCAGGACUGCAUGUGGGUCAAGUGAGCCCCACAUGUGUCUAGACAACUGCCAAGAAGGAUUUGCCUCUCUGUGCUGAGCAUAGUUUUGAGGCUAACACCAGCCAUGCUCUUUUGCUUCUGUAUUCCCAGGUCCUCGCCACUCUUGGCUGACCAAGACUGGCCUGGAAGGCUCUUCCCUCUUCCAGGAAAAUGGGGACUGAUGGUGAAAACCCAGUCCUGAAAAAUGUAGUCAUCAGCUUCAACUUGCUUCUGAUGGGUGCUGUCCUCAAGCCUUUUGAGUGCCGGCUGGAGAUGACAACAGAGCCAGCUGAGAGGACAGCAGUGGAUGAGGCAAGUGGCCUUGCCAACUGCAGCUCACCUAUCAAAGAGCAGCCCAUGGUCUUCCACCACAUCUACAACAUCAACAUCCCACUGGACAGCUGCUGCUCAUCCAUGUUCAAGUCUUCGGCCGAGGAGGUGAGUUCAGAAGACGACCGACUGGCAGAGUACAUGGAGCAGACCUCUGACAGCGAGAGCCAGUUCACCUUCACCCACAGGAUAAACAUGCCCAAGCAGGCCUGCAAGUGCUCCACCUCCCUCCCAUCCCUGCAGGAGCUGCUGAGCAGGAUUGAGAUGCUGGAGAGGGAGGUCUCCAUCCUCCGGGACCAAUGUACCUCCAAUUGCUGCCAAGAAAAUGCAGUCACAGGGCAGCUGGAUUACAUCCCGCAGUGCAGCGGCCAUGGGAAUUUCAGCCUGGAGUCGUGCAGCUGCGUGUGCAUGGAGGGCUGGGCAGGUAGCAACUGCUCCGAGCCCCGCUGCCCCCGGGGCUGCUCCAGCCGCGGCGUGUGCCUGGAGGGCCAGUGCGUCUGCGACAACGACUAUGGGGGCGAAGACUGCUCCCAGCUCCGCUGCCCCGCCGGCUGCGGCUCCCGCGGGCUCUGCGUGGACGGCGAGUGCGUGUGCGAGGAGGGUUUCACCGGCGAGGAUUGCUCCCAGCUGCGCUGCCCUCGCGACUGCUCGGGCCGGGGCUAUUGCGUGAACGGCACCUGCGUGUGCCAGGAGGGCUUCGCCGGCGAGGACUGCGCAAGGCUGCACUGCCCCAACGCCUGCAGCGGCAGAGGGCUCUGCCGGGAUGGGCUCUGCGUCUGCGAGGAAGGCUAUGACGGGCAGGACUGCUCAGCAGUGUCUCCUCCUGAAAACCUGCGGGUGACAGGGAUCAGCGACAACUCCAUCGAGCUGGCUUGGGACAGCUCCGGGGCAGCCACCGAGUACGUUGUCUCGUACCAGCCAGCGGUGCAGGGGGGCACCCAGCUGCAGCAGAGGGUGCCUGGGGACUGGAGCAGUAUCACCAUCACGAAUCUGGAGCCAGGUGUUGCCUACAAUGUCAGCAUCUAUGCAGUCAUCAGUGACGUCUUCAGCAUCCCCAUUACCUCCAAGGUGAUGACUAACCUCGCCACACCACAGGGGCUGAAGUUCAAGACCAUCACAGAGACAACGGCAGAGGUGCAGUGGGAGCCCUUCUCCUUCCCUUUUGACGGCUGGGAGAUCAGCUUCAUUCCCAAGAAUAAUGAGGGUGGUGUGAUCGCCCAGCUCCCCAGCACUGUCACCACCUUCAACCAGACGGGGCUGAAGCCAGGGGAAGAGUACACUGUCACCAUCGUGGCCCUGAAGGAACAAGCCAGAAGCCCUCCCACCUCCAACAGCGUCUCAACCCUCAUUGAUGGCCCGACACAGAUCCUGGUGCGGGAUGUCUCCGACACCGUGGCCUUCGUGGAGUGGACCCCGCCGCGCGCCAAGGUGGAUGCCAUCCUGCUGAAGUACGGGCUGGCAGACGGGGAGGGCGGGAGGACCACCUUCCGCCUGCAGCCCCCCCUCAGCCAGUACUCCCUGCAGGCCCUGCGCCCUGGCGCCCGCUACCACCUCAUCAUCAGCGCCCUCCGGGGUGCCAACGAGAGCCGGCCAGCCUUCGCCCAGUUCACCACAGAGAUUGAUGCCCCCAAGAAUCUGCGGGUGGGCUUGCGGACCCCCGGUAGCCUCGAGCUCGCCUGGGACAACAGCGAGGCUGAGGCACACAGCUACAGGGUGGUCUACAGCACCCUGGCCGGGGAGCACUACCACGAGGUCCUGGUGCCACGCGACACCGGCCCCACCACCAGGGCCACCCUCGCAGAUCUGGUGCCAGGAACGGAGUACGGCAUUGGGAUUUCAGCUGUGAUGGACAGCCAGCAGAGUGUGCCAGCGACCAUGAAUGCCAGGACUGAGCUUGACAGCCCCCGGGACCUCCUGGUGACAGCCUCCACUGAAACAUCCAUCUCACUGGCUUGGACCAAAGCCACAGGUCCCAUUGACCACUACCGCAUCACCUUCACCCCUGCCUCAGGAAUGGCCUCUGAAGUGACAGUGUCUCAGGAUGAGUCACAGCUCACCCUCUCGGAGCUGGAGCCUGGGACAGAGUACACCAUCUCCAUUGUCGCUGAAAGGGGACGGCAGCAGAGCCUGGAGGCCACUGUGGAUGCUUUCACAGGUGUUCGACCCAUCUCACAGCUACACUUCUCCCAGCUGACAUCCUCCAGUGUGAAUGUCACAUGGAGUGACCCAUCUCCACCAGCAGACCACCUCAUCCUCACCUACAGGCCCCGGGAUGAGGAGGAGGCACAGCAGGUCACACUCGAUGGCACCUGCAGGCACACCAGCCUGACGAGCUUGCAGCCAUCCACUGAGUACCUGGUGUCACUGGUAGCCGUGCACGGCACCAUCAGCUCUGAGCCUGUCGUGGGCUCCAUCACAACAGGGAUUGAUGCACCAAAGGAUCUCAGGGUGGGCAAUGUCACCCAGGAGUCCAUGACAGUCUACUGGAGUGCUCCCAUCGCUGCCUUCAACCACUAUAGAAUAUCCUACCGCGCUGCCGAAGGGAGGACAGACAGUAUGGCCAUCCCCAGGGAUGUCACCGAGUACACCCUCCAGGACCUGCAGCCUGCCACCAAGUAUGAGGUCGAGGUGAAGAGCGUGCGGGGCCGGGAGGAGAGUGAGCUGGCCUUCAUCACUGCAUACACAGCCAUGGAUGUCCCCCUGGGGGUCACAGCCACCAACAUCACUCCCACUGAGGCACUGCUCCAGUGGAACCCGCCGCUGUUGGAGGUGGAAAGCUAUGUCCUCAUCCUUACGCGUCGUGCAGUUGCAGGAGAAACAAUUCUCGUGGAUGGAGACAACCAGGAGUACCAGCUAACCAACCUGCUGCCCAGUACCACCUACACAGUUUCUAUGUAUGCCACCAGUGGGCCUCUGACUAGCCAGACCAUCAGCACCAACUUCACUACUCUUUUGGAUCCUCCAAAAAAUCUGACUGCUAGUGAAGUCACACGACGGAGUGCCCUGCUCUCCUGGGUUCCUCCUGUGGGAGAGAUUGAGAAUUAUGUCAUGACCUACAGAUCCACCGAUGGCAGCCGGAAGGAGCUGAUUGUGGAUGCUGAGGACACAUGGAUCCGCCUGGAGGGGCUUUCUGAGACCACAGAGUACACGGUGCACCUGCAAGCUGCCCAAAAUGCCAUGCGGAGUGGCCUCAUCUCAACCACCUUCACCACAGGAGGACGUGUCUUUGCUAACCCUCAGGACUGCACCCAGCAUCUGAUGAACGGAGACACGCUGAGCGGGGUCUACACCAUCUCCAUCAACGGGGACCUCAGUCAGCGGGUGCCAGUGUACUGUGACAUGACCACCGAUGGAGGUGGCUGGAUUGUCUUCCAGCGGCGGCAGAACGGGCUGACUGAUUUCUUCCGGAAAUGGGCAGAUUACCGGGUUGGCUUUGGAAACUUGGAGGAUGAGUUUUGGCUGGGCUUGGACAACAUCCACAAGAUCACGUCCCAAGGGCGUUACGAGCUGCGAAUAGACAUGAGGGAUGGUCAGGAAGCAGCAUAUGCCUACUAUGACAAGUUCUCCAUUGGUGACUCCCGGAGCCUCUAUAAACUGCGAAUUGGAGAUUACAAUGGCACUUCAGGAGACUCCCUCACCUAUCACCAGGGACGCCCCUUCUCCACCAAGGACAGGGACAACGAUGUUGCUGUGACCAACUGUGCCAUGUCCUACAAAGGGGCAUGGUGGUACAAGAACUGCCACCGCACCAACCUCAACGGCAAGUACGGAGAAUCCCGGCACAGUCAGGGGAUUAAUUGGUACCAUUGGAAAGGUCACGAGUUCUCCAUCCCCUUUGUGGAAAUGAAGAUGCGACCUUACAACCACCGUAACAUCUCUGGGAGGAAGCGACGGUCCCUACAGCUCUGAGCCAGCUGAACCCCUCUUGCCUCCCACCACCUCUUCUGUCAUUUUGUUUGUAUUUUAUAAUAUGAAAAGGGAAAAAAAAUUACCACUUGUCUGAGAUAGCAACCUGCCCCUCACAAGUGCUGGAGGGAACCAUGGGACAAGGAAAGGCCAUAGGAAAGGAAAGACCUCACUGCUUUGCAUCUGUCCCAGAGAAAUACCAAAUUUCCAGUCUCCCUAUCUCAGUACUCUGGCCCUUAACAUGAGAAGAAAGAGUCAGAUUUUUUUGAUAUUUUUUUAAAAGACACAGAAAUCUCCAGCAAACCCUGUUAGAAUUGUUUGUCACAGGCCUUGUGGAAGAAACCUUCCCCACAGGUACCUUGUAUGGCCAUUUCCAGCCCAGUCAUGGCCAAGGGUGCCCGUCUUCUCCCUGCUUCCCUGUCCCCUCCUGGCAGGGAGGUCCCAAGCUUCAUGCCAUCCUGUAGACACCAACUCUUCCAGCAGGCAGAGGUGCAUCCCUCCCCUGUGUGCAGGCUCUGGACACAUAGGGACUAAGUGAGGAUGAGAAAAGGCUCAUCCCAUCCCCAGUUUUCACAGGAGGGCUUGGCAAAUAUCUGCAUAUGUAGGCAAACUCCAGAGAGUACAUAGCUCAUGUGUUGAUCCCACCACAAAGUGAUCCUCGUGUGCAUAGGGUGUAUGGGAAUAGGAACUACUCCACCAGCCCCAAUCUUCAUUAUCCAUGCCUCCAAGCUGAACUCAGCCUACUCCAGGUCCAUGACAUCUGCCUGGGUUAUGAUGAACUUGAUGGAGAAGAAAGGAUUUAAACUAGAAAACUUAGGAGAAAAAUCCCUACUCCUGGUCCUGAAAUCUAGGACCCAUUUCCUCCGUUAUUACUACAUUCCAUCAUGCUCCCUCUCACUCAGGUCACUGGUCCCAAACAAAACAGUCUCAGAGAAGGGGCAGCAAUAAAAAGAUAUCACACAACUGCAGCCAACCUGAAGCCAACAGUUGUCACAGCUCAGGUGCUCCUGUUCAUGGCCCUCCACACACACAGGGAAUUAUGACAAUGCAGCUAAGGGAAGACAAGUGCAAGCUGAGGAAUGUCCAUUUCCUUCCUUUUCCUACACCAUCCCUCUUCAAUGCCAUCAUAAGAAGGACACAAAUCUCAGUGCCUUGGUAUUCCCAUCUCUGUAACAGGAAAUUAACUGUUUCCCCUCCUGGAAGGGGUUCCAUUCAGAUUUUGGAGGACUUCAAGACCUUUGGAAGAAUUAAUGGGUUCACUCUUCCUAUCCUUAACUUCUCCUGUCUCAGGGAAGAUGGAACCUUUGGAUAGCUCUGUCUGUGCCCUAUUGUCAUUGACCCAACCACCACAUAGCCCAAAUGACCACCAUGCUUAAGUCACUCUUCUGCCAAGGACUUCCAUCAAUGUUGGGCAUUUUCACCGGCCUGGUCUCAAAGAAGGGACUCAUCCCUGCAUCCAAGGACAAUGCAGCUCAUCACUGGAUUUGUAGCCAAAGGAACAUUACGAAUGCUAAACACUGCUAUCUGGUUUUAUCAUACUGAAACUGCUUUGUCUCAAAAACAUCUUUCAGAUGGCAACAUAAAAGCACCUCUGCAGUAGCUUAUAAUUCAGACCAGUAUAUCUUUCAUGGCCACACUCCUUGAUGUUCUGAUGUUACUCACUAUGGCUGCAGAGCUGAAGAAGGGCAUUAAGCAGGAAACAUAACUUCCUUUUCCACGUCACAUACUGGCACAUGAAAUCACAGCUAACACUGAGGUCAAGAUUAGAUACAGGGCCCAGUCCUUCAUGUGGUCAGCUUACAAGCUGGCCUGGAGAAAGCAUGCUUAGCAACAUCUCAUACAUAAAUGAGGUGUCCCUUCUUAUUUCCCCUUGGCAUCAAAUCAGGCAACAAGUCAACCAGUUGAGGAACAGGUGAGUCAGAGGCUGCAGAUGAUAGGAUCUCUUGCAGGACAUGGCCACUCUCACAGAUGGCAGCAUGUCACACCUCCUGAGCACCCAACCCUGCUUUAAAAUCCAAAAGCCAACAAAAAGCAGCAGAUGAAACUGAUUAAAGCCUAAGAAAGUUUUUAGUAGACCAACAGAGUAAAUUUUUCUCCAGACCUUCAAGAAUUUAUAGGAAGAAAUAUCCCAACAAAAGCUAUAAUGGAGCAGAGGUUAUCACCAGCAGAGAUUGGCAGUGGACAGUGCUGUUUUCUUACCUACUCAGGUGAAAGAAAGAGAUGUCAGUGGAAACACAUUUAUCAUUCACAGUCAAAUGAAAGGCAAGAAAUCUCUCUUUUCAAAAGUAAGACUCAAACAGAAAAUCAAAGUUUGCCAAACUUUUCUAGGAGGUUCAAAAGAUCCUCAAAAAGGUUGAUUAUUCUCUAAAGAGGUUUACUGAUAUGUACCUCUCCCUCCUCCUGUCUGUUAUCCCUUGUACAAGUCCUGUAACCAGGAUGAGUCAGCCCAGUUGACCCAAUUGCAUAGUCAGGGAUGAAAGACACUCUUGGAGACAACAUCCAAUCUUUCAGUGCUAUUACACAUCAGUGCUAUUACACAUGUUCCUUGACUCUCAUGUGACACCAGGAUGUUGCCUUCCCAUGGCAUUGGUGAAAGACAGUUGCUACAACCUUUUAAAGGAAAGAUUUCUACACAUCAUGGUUUUCUCCUGGUGAUAACCCAAUCCAAACCCAGGCACACAACUGGCAAUGAUGACGCAGCUGUUGAUGCUACAGAACUGCUCCAUGAUUAAGUAGUUUCUUCUCACCCUCCAUCACUGGAUGGAUUAGUUCAUUCUCCAGCUAGACCAGGUUUGGCCCUGAAAUUCCCAGAAACUAAGCCUGGAUCUGGUGCAGUAUUCAUCUUGAGAAACCUUGGGUUCAGCAUGUGAACUAUCACUGAGCUCUGGAGGCUCCAUUGCCAUCCCAGGUUUGUGUAGCUCAGGCUUGUUGCAGAGCCCAAAAAGGAACAUGGGGCUGUUACCUAAACCACACUACCCGCUGUGAGAUGCCAUCUUCUGUAACAGGAAGCAGGAAGAAGCACAUCAAAUCCUUCACACAGCAGAACACCGUAUGUGCCCAUGACCCUUGCAGCCUUUUAAACCCACCUGUUAUUUCUAACCCCAAAAUCCUGGAGGGAAACACAAAGGGACUUUCAUCCUUUGCCUGAUUUUCAUUUCCCUCUGUUUUCAUUCUCUGAGCCCACCUUCCCAUUGCACGCUGCACUGAAACAUAACCAAAGAAAAAAAGAGCCCUGAAAGGAAAAGCUGCUUUUAGUAAAGUGAUAGCUUCUUUAAAUGAAUAAUUUCAAGAAGGAGAGAGGCCAGUCUCUCCCCAAGAGUAGCUGGGUUUUAGAAGGGAGGUACCAGGACAGCAUCCACACAAAGGCUGGGGAGAAUUAUAUUUUUGCAUUACUUUACCAUGGGCAUCUCAAAGCUUAGUACCAGCCUAAAUGCACUCUUGCCUCCUUCCCAAGGGGAUGCUUAUCCCAUGUGAAGUGCCUGGUGUGGAAAGCAUAGCUCAUGCCACCUUCACUCCCAGUGAUGCAGCUGGUGAGUGCCCAGCCAGUGGUGUCCCCAUGCCCACAAUAGGCUCAGACCAACUUGUUAAAAUACAGUGGGAGCCAAAGUACCCUCCUGGUGCCUCACCUCCACACCAGCACAUGACCUUUAUCCCAGCUCAGAGCUGCCCUCCUGCUGUGUCCCCACCAUCACAUCAGGGGGUGACCAUGCACCCCCUAUCCUGUGCCCUCCAGACAUGCCCACAAGUUUUGACUUUACCAAACACUGCCAGCAAUGAACUCUCACCCAAAAAAAACCUUUAAUUCAUGCUUACACCCACUAACAAUGGGCUCUGUCCCAGGGCCAAACAAGACUCCCAUUCUUGUUUCUGCCAGCCAAGUGCCCUGGGAUGGCCAUAAAAUUCAAUACAGUCCCCUGGGGACCACCAGCACCUCCAGGGUCACCUUCUCCUUUCCUAAAGUCCUGAUGGUGGUUGCAGGUCCUUGCCCCUUCUAGAGGGAAAAUUUGGGGUAAGUGGGAGGGAAAUGCCCUUCCCUUGGGAGAUCCUCAUGCCUAGACCCACUUCAAUACCCAGCCUGCAAUUCUUCAGAUGUCAGUGGUUUCUCAGAAGGAUGGUGACACAAAGACCUAAACAAACAAGCAGCCCCCUGUGUACAGGUGUUAUCCUGGAAAUGUUCUUAAUAUGUUUAAAAAAAGCUUAAAAACAUAAAUAAGAAGGGAGAGCAGAGGCAAUGAAAUGCCUUGGACAGGUUCUGAUGAACUCAAACACAAACUACUGCAACCAAAUGAGGGGGAAGAUAAAAGCAAAUAAAUGCAUAAAUAAAAUCUAUAAUAUAAAUAAAUAAUAUAUUAAGCAACUCUCCCCACCCUGUAAUGAAAAUGUAGCUUGGAGAAUGGGAUCAACGCUUGUUAACCAUUGUUAACUAGUAUUUUUAGUCCUGACUGCUCUUAGGCUAUGUAUAGUUCCUUUUUUAAUGCAUUUUCUAUACAUUAAUAAAAGAUACUGAAGGA